CUCGCGUCUGGCGUCUCUUUGUCUGUGGUCAGUCGCACGCGGGGGUGCUACUGCUUAUGAGAGGAGAAUUAUUCGGCUAUCGGUAUCGGUUGGUAAGUAGUUUUCAGUUGAGCUGGCGAGUUGGCAAGGUGAGGUGUGUCAGCGACGAUCAGCUCCACUGAUGUCGAGUCUUCACCACUAAGCGAUCUAUCGUGAUGCUUCUGUUGAACAGAAUGCGAUCAGUAGUUAAUUGAUGGUUGCUGUUGAACAGAGAAUUUAAAAAUGCUGUUUCAAAACGGUACAGACAAGGUAUACUGUCUCCAGUUCCUAAAAAUAAUGUUCAAACUACUUGUGAACUAUUGUAUACAGGUAGAGUAGAAGUUGUGUUUUUCAAUCAUGUCAGUAAUGACAAAUGUUGUUUUUGUUGUUGUUUUGGUUAGCGCUCAGGCCUCACAAGUCAUUUAUGUUGAUAAAUGUUGUCCUCUGGAAGAGCGUUUAUCAAACAAACUUGAGUGCUCGCCUGCAAAGACAACAACUGAUAACGAUUGGCUUGCCGGUGAGCUGUCAGUAGUAUCUGGAGAUCUGCCAAUCGCUCUUUACGACGAUAGUCGCAGUCGCUGUCAAGACGUCGACUUCACUCUACUCUCCGAGGACUUCUCGCUGCUGCAGGAUGGCUCUCUCCAUGUGGUACAGGAUAUGCAGAAUGUGACGUUGCCAGGUGGGUCUUUCUGCAUAGACCGCAUGCAGGAUUAUGAUGCGAUCGUCAUCCUGGUGUGUCCCUGCGCCAACAAUGUCUGUGUCCAGAAGUGCUGCCACCAUCCUUACGUACUCCACAUAUCUACGAAUGGCAAUUACGCAAACUGCCAACAACCAACUCAACAAACUGUCGAGUGGUCUCUGCAGUUCUGGAAGUAUCAAUCAGUUAACAAUCGUCCACUGUAUGAAAUGCAUGGAUAUCCCUCCUGCGAAGUGGAAGCUGCCCAGUACAUUGUUGAAAAACGUCGCCGCAGUUGGAAUGAGAUGCAUGAGCUUCGCAUCACAAGUGAAGGCGGCUUACAGUUUGCCGAUUUAGGCUACUUUGCUCCUCGUUCAUUUUGUGCUGAUAUUGCUAUAUGGUCCAACUCAGACUUCAAUCCGGACUCUCAAUCCAACUCAGACUUCAACAUCCAAACUCCAAACCCAAACCCCGGAUUCUCGAUGAAUGUGAUCGCUUGUCGUUUCCAUUUAAAACCAACUGCCAGGCAAAAAGUUUACGGUGUUCUCUACAUUAUAGGCACUAUUGCGCUAAUGCUCACUGUUCUGGUUCAUCUUGUGUUUCCCCAGCUCCGAAAGACUGCCCAGGCUUACAUAAUGAUAGCUUAUUGUAGUAGUUUGGUACUGGCGUACACGUCCAAUGCGCUUAUCAUAUUUGCGGGGGUCAAAAUUCAAGGAACAGUCUACUGUCGUCUCCUAGGUUUAACAAUUCAAGGUGGCUUUUUAGCGGCUUUCUUUUGGUUGAAUGCAAUGUGUAUUGACAUAGCCGCCACUUUCAGAGGCUUACAUCUAUUAAAAAAUCAUGGAAAGAUUCGAAAAGGCAAAAAGUUUGUCGUAUACUGUUUCUAUGUAUACGGAAUUACAGCAGUCAUAAUCGGGUUGACUAUAGUCUGCCAACACUUUCUAUCAGAAGCUCCUUCACCGAAUUUCAACAACGAGAACUGCUGGUUCAAUGAUGUGACAACAAGCACAAUAUUCUUCUUCCUUCCGCUUGGAAUAUCACAGUCCAUCAAUAUUGUGCUCUUCAUCUCAACUGCUGUGAAAAUUUACAAAGCUCAGCGUCAAACUGCUAUACUAUCAAGAGAUGGGAGUGGUCGACAUACUGGAAAAAAGCCUUACUCUAGUCAAGAUAAACGAAGGUUUUUUUUGUUUGUGAAGCUGUUCUUCCUAAUGGGCCUCACCUGGACUUUCGAAGUAAUUUCUGCAACUUUUCAUGAGCAGAACAGACUGUGGUACAUCACGGAUACAAUCAACAUGCUAAGCGGAGUGAUUAUUUUUGCAAUGUUCUGCUGCAAAAGAAAAGUUGUCAAACUAUUCUUAAACACAAUUAAAUGCAGUAAGAAGACAGAGUCCAACAGUAGCUCUCAAAGAGUAACAGUCUCGCCCAAAAUCUCCUACAGCUACUCAACAAGAUCAACAUCUAUAAAUGUUUAUAACAUUGAGUCUGCCUAUAGAAACGAAGUUUCUAUGACUUCUAGUCCCAAUUGUACAAUGUCCUAUCUUUAAAAUUAUUAGGUACUCUGGAAUAACAUUGGAAAAUAAAUACAUAUUAAUAAUAUACGUAUCUAUAGAGCACAUAACAGACAACACUUCACAGUUUUAUAAUACUAAUAUAAACAGGAGACAUGACACAGAUAGAUUGAAAACACUUAGAAACUUACAUUAUGCAGAAAUUUUCGGUGGCUGAACCAAUCUUUCUCAACUGUUCAGUUGUAGUGGAGUUUGUCGAUGCUCAGUUUGAACUCCAACGGAUCCCAAAUUCCCUCUCAAUCUGUGGCCAUGAAACAUUUGCAGUGAUCCUCACCACCUUGAACCACCAAUCCCUCCUGAGAUGUAACCACCCCGAAAGGCUGUUGGAGAAACAAAUUUCCUCCAAUACCAAUCCUACUACAAACUAUUCCCGAAUCCUUCAAUCUCCAAAGCUCUGUACCACCUAAUUUCCUGGAAUUGAAAACCUCAAACCUGUACUGAUCAUCAUGGGUACCAUGUUGUCUCCUCCAAUCCUUGCAUAAGUUUCCAGCAGCCACCCAAACUCAUUUAACAGCAGCAUCCAAACCUCAGGAAAAUUUUAAGCAAAAAUGAUCACCCACCUCUGAAUCCCCAACUCCACCUCUGCACACACCCCCGCUAUAAAACCUGCCCUAUCACUGAUCACCAACUACAUCCAUCAUAUCUAUCAAUCCAGUAAUUGCAAGUAGGGUGGAAAUUACAGUUUUGUUUCAAAUCCAGCCCCAAAUCCUGGCUCAAUUCAUUCCCCAAAAAUAAGGUGAAUAUCCUACAAUCAAUCCCCAAAUCCUAGCUCUCAAAUCAUACCCCAAAAAUAGGAUGGAAAUAAGAGUUAACUUUUCAAAAAUCAUAUGUUCAUCCUCAUAGGGUAAAAAUCCUCAUCAAGUUCUAAUCAACCUUCAAUGAACCUCACUUGCGAAUACCCCUUCAAAUCUUGACUUAUCAUAUUACUGUGUAAAUGCUCUUUCUUUCUCUUUCUCAAUCUCUCUCUCUCUCUCCUCUCUCUCUCUCUCUCUCUCUCUCUCUCUCUCUCUCUAAUUCGAAAGAAGUUCAAGUUUCUCUUUUUUUUAUUUUUAUUAUAUUUAUAUAUAAUUAUAAAUAAUAAUAAAAAAAUUAAUAUAAUUAUUAUAUUUAUAUGUAUAUUUUUUCUUGUUAAUUUGUUUUAUAAGUUAUUGUUUUCUUUUACUUUAGUUCAUUGUUUAUGGUGUUGUUUUAGUUGUAACUUAGAAUUGUAUGGAGGUUUAAGUGUAAGAGAGGGCCGGCUGCGCCCUAACUUCGCCCUCCUAAGUUUUUAAUAAAGGCAGCAAUUCAAUUAAA